GCACCCGAAAACAUUGUUGGUCCCGUCAAUGCAGACGACAAACACUGGUGUUAAAAGCUAGGUCACAACAUCUUGAUUUCGCAAUGUGAGAAGUUGACAUGAUUGGCGAGUAGCUAGGCAUAGCAUUGAGUUAUUACAACUAUAAAACUGCCUGGUCAGCUGUUUAAACUAAUCAAAGAUGCAGGUGACAUUUGCAGGCCAAUUUAAGGCCUUGCUGAAGAAGAAUGUCCUUUUGAAAAAAAGGGCGAAACGGCAAUUUUUAUUGGAGAUAUUGUACCCAAUAUACUUUGGUGCAAUCCUUUCUGUGAUUAAAUUGACCACCAAGACAGAUACUCUGUCAUCGAUUCCCUUUAUGAACGCCCGUACUCUGGACAACAACACACUACAGAAUGCGGACAGUUUCCUGGGUAAGAACAUUUUGGUGGCCCCAGACACAGCAGAAAUCCGUACCAUUGCAUCUGAUUCUGUGACGAUCCUUCAGCAGAUGUUGAACAUGCCUUCCCCACCCACAUUGGUCUACUACUCGGAUCAGAAUGCCAUGGACACUGCAUAUCAAGCAGACAGUUCAAACAUCAGUGUAGGACUCAUAUUUUAUUACGACGGCAAGACCAACUCUUCCUAUGCUAUCCGAACACCACAUGAUAAUGCUGCAGACACAACCAGCUGGAUAAGACAGCAAGAUCAAUGCCGUGGGGGUAAUGGACAGGACACAACAAACUGUGAUGCCAAUAAGUAUCUUAACAGUGGGUUUUGUCUAAUCCAAGCUGCAGUGGAUGCAGCGUUCAUAAGAAUACAAACAGGUGACAGCAGUUUUCCUCUGCCGGAUAUCUCUGUACAGAUGAUGCCGAAGCCAUCCUAUACACCCGACACAAGCUACAUACAAACCAUUUCUUCCAUAUACUUUGUGAUUGCAUACUCUCCAAUUGUAUCUUACCUCACCACUAAUCUUGUAGCCGAGAAGGAAAAGAAAAUCAAGGAAAGCAUGAAAAUGAUGGGAUUACGUGAUUCAGCAUUUUGGUUGUCGUGGGGACUCAUCUACCUAGUUGUGAUUGCCAUAUCAACUGCAGCUAUCACGGUUCUGAUGGUGGCUACCUCAUUCUUCGCCAACAGCAAUGCCUUCAUUUUUUUCUUGAUUCUUUUCUUUUAUGGUAUUUCUAUCAUCACCUUUUCAUACAUGUUGACACCAUUUUUCAACAAGGCUCAGACUGCAGGUGGCUUGGCCAGUUUGAUGAGCAUCAUCUUCAGCUGUCUGUACCUAGUGGUGAGCCAAACCCGCACCAUGUUACCAUCAGGCGCUGUUGUGUACAGUGUUUCUCCAGGUGUUCGCUGGCUGUUGUCUUUAAUCUCCCCAGUGGCUGUGGCGUUAGCAAUAGACCAGGCUAUAUUCCUUGACAAACCAUUGAAUGGUGGAAUGAACUUUAGUACCAUAAGUGACGGUGACUUUCCCCUCUAUGCUCCUAUGGUGAUGUUGCUAGUAGAUGCUCUGCUGUAUUUCUUCCUUGCUGCCUACCUUGACAACGUCCUUCCAGGGGAGUUUGGUGCCAGACAUAAGCCCUGGUACCUUUUUAUGCCCUCCUACUGGUGCACCAAAGGGGAUGAUGACCUGGCCCUGCUCAAUAAGGUGGAAUAUGCAGAAGGAAAUGAAGAAUUUGUGGAAUCUGUUCCUGAAGACCUCAGAGACAAGACUGCUGUUAGACUUCUAGACAUCCACAAAGAGUUCAAGUCAAAGGAGACUAAAGAGAUGGUCCCAGCUGUCAAUGGUUUGUCAUUGGACAUCUACGAAGGUCAAGUCACAUGUCUGUUAGGUCACAAUGGAGCAGGAAAAACAACUCUGGUCAACAUGUUGACUGGACUGAUGCCCCCAACCAAAGGAACAGCCUCAAUACUUGGUUUGAACAUUGCCAAUGGACUGGACAUGCAGAAGAUUCGCUCUAUGACUGGCAUUUGUCCCCAGCACAACAUCUUAUUUGAUGAUUUGUCCAGUGUGGAGCACUUACACUUAUACGGAGCCAUCAAAGGUGUCUCUGAUAGCCGACUUCAGUCUGAGGCUGAGAAAGCUCUACAAAAUGUUGAUUUGUACAAAGAGAGGAACACUUUUGCCAAGAACCUCAGUGGUGGUCAGAAGAGGAAGCUGUGUGUGGCCAUUGCCCUUAUUGGAGACCCAAAGAUAAUUUUCCUUGAUGAGCCAACUGCUGGGAUGGAUCCAUUCUCUCGACGCCAUCUUUGGUCAAUUCUAAAAGAGAAAAAAGAAGGAAGAGUUAUUGUGCUGACAACACAUUUCAUGGAUGAAGCUGACAUUCUGGCAGAUCGGAAAGCCAUCAUCAGCAAAGGUAAAUUGAGAUGCUGUGGAUCAUCCCUGUUCCUGAAAAGUAAAUUUGGUAUUGGAUAUCACCUCAAUAUGGUAGUCGACCCUGGAUGUGAUGUUGAUCAAGUGACUCAGCUUGUCAAGAGCUGUGUGUCAGGUGGAGAAUUACAAAGGACUCACGGCAAAGAACUGGCUUACACUCUCCCUCUGAACGAGUUACGCAACUUCCCAGUAUUAUUUUCAACGCUUGAGAAACCAAACACCUCUAUUUCUUCCAUGGCAGACUCUCUUGGAAUUAAAAAUUAUGGCGUUUCCAUGACAUCACUGGAAGAAGUUUUCCUCAAAUUAGAGGAAGACGACAGUUCAUUUGAUUUGAAGGAUAUCACCAUGACUCCAUCAAAGCAAUCAUAUGGAUCUAUGGAAAAUCCCAACAAUCCCAUAAACUCUGAAACCAUGACAAUGGAUACUGCCAUGUCAACCUCAUGUGUAGAUCGGUCCGCAUUAAGAUCCCAACAGUUUUGGGCUCUUUGCAAAGUUCGUUUUUUCCGACUGAUCAGAGAUCCAGGAGCUAUAAUUUUUUCAUUGAUCUUUCCAGCCCUCUUUGUGUUGGCUGGAAUGUUGGUGAAUAAAUAUGUGCAAUCCCCUUCACCAGACACUGCCCCAGUGGCCCUCUACAUUGAUAAUGCCAUCACACAAUAUGCUAGAAAAAUGGGCACGCCUGCCGGUACCCCCACACUGGCUGUCAAUGAUGCUGUUGCUUCUGCCGAUUCUACAACCUUCAUGAAUUUGAUCAGUGCUGACUUUGUGACCGAGACUUUUGCUAAUGCCAGUAAUCUGUUGCCUGGGUAUCACCAGAUGGGGGUUCAACUCGACACGUACACAGUCGCUGGAUCGGUGAUAAACCAAGGUUUCACAGCAGUGUACAAUGACAGUGCCAUCCACUCCAUGCCAGCAGCCAUUAGCCUGAUGACAAACAAGUUACUCACUGCUUUAAACCUCUCGCCGCUCCAGUCCGUGGUCAGCCUGCCUUGGCCAAAAGGACCCAGCUCACGUACUUAUGACCAAGGUGCAUUUUCUGCAACCAUAUUAGUGGCUAUGGCAUUUGUGACAGUACCGCCAUCAUUUGCUAUAGCACUUGUCAAAGAUAGACAGUUCAAGGUCAGGAGUCAGAUGAGGGUUACAGGCGUAACAUUUACCAUGUACUGGGCCACCACCUUUUUCGUAGACAUUCUCCAGUACCUGAUACCAGCCACAUUAUCUGUUAUUUUCGCACUUGCACUUCAGCCGGCUAGUUUGACAUAUAGUGGGGCAGUGUUGGCCAUGCUGAUCCUGUUUGUGUGCUUCGUGCCCAGUAAUACAGUGUUUGCCUACCUAAUUUCAUACCUUUUCACCAAGUUUGAGAGUGCCCAAGGUGCAGGAGUAACCAUAUUCUUUUUCAUAUCCUUUAUUCCCUACAUCAUUGUGUCUCUGUUGGACAUGCUGUUGAGAAAUAAUGUUGCAUCAAUCCUCCACUACGUCUUCCUGCUCCUUGAUCCUCCAUAUGCUGUGUUUGGAGGACUCUACUACAUUGAUAGAGUUUACCGGAUCCAUCUGUACACCUCAGCACCUGGCUCUGACAUCCCUGUCAGUGACUACUUUUCACCAGAGUUUGUGAUGUCAUUUGUUGCACCUAUAAUCCACUUUGUCUUGGGUUUCUUCAUACUUCGGAUGCUAGACAUCAAAACCACUGGCGGAGAUAUUCGUGAAACCUUUCCCUGUCUGAAAAAGAAGCGAAAUAGUCAGGUGAUUCCUCACAAGAAUGAUGAUGACAUCGAAGAUGAGGACGAGGAUGUGACAAGUGAGAGACAGAGGGUACAAUGCAUUAAAUCAGACAGGGAAAAUGUGGCAGCUUAUGUAGAGAAUUUGAGGAAGGAGUUUACAAAAGAUGGAGCUGGUAGCUGCAAAGGUUGUAGAAAAACAACCAAAAAGGAAAAAACCAAGGUGGUGGUACGCAACACAACAUAUGCUGUUAAUACAGGAGAGAUACUGGGACUUCUAGGCCCCAAUGGUGCAGGCAAAUCUACCACAUUGAACAUGAUGAUUGCAGAGAUCGCUCCUACUAAAGGACAGGUUGUGAUCGGAGGAUAUGAUAUCCAUUCAUGUAUGUCGGAAGCAUUUAAGGGUCUAGGAUUCUGUCCUCAACAUGAUGCCUUGUGGGAUGUUAUAACACUGAAGGAACACAUUGAGUGUUAUGCUAAUAUCCGAGGAGUACCGAAGGAAAAGAUCCCUGUCCUCUCUAAUUAUUUUAUACAGAACCUGAAAUUAGAUGAACACAAGAACAAGCAAUCCAAGAAGUUGUCUGGUGGAACCAAGAGGAAGCUGAGCUACAUUCUGAGUAUCCUGGGCAGGCCAAAGAUAGUUCUCCUAGAUGAACCCUCUACUGGAUUGGAUCCACAAUCCAAACGCUUCCUCUGGGACACCAUCAGCAGCUGUUUUGAGGGUACAGAACGAGGUGCUAUCCUCACAACUCAUUACAUGGAAGAGGCAGAUGCUUUGUGUUCUAGAGUAGCAAUCAUGGUGAAUGGAAAACUACAGUGUCUAGGAGAAACACAGCGUCUAAAGAACAAAUAUGGAAGUGGUUACAUGUUGGAGGUCAAACUUCGCCUGUUGGGGGGUGGCGGGGAUCUGGAUGACAGGAUGGAGGCCCUUGACAGUGAUAUGAAAGACUUGUUCCCUGAGGCCACUUGUCAAGAAAAGUUUGCUGAGAGGGUCCACUACAGUAUACCCAGGAACAGCAUCAAAUCUUUAGCCUCAUCAUUCACUGCAUUAGAACAAGCCAAAGCCAAGCACAGCCUUGAGGAAUACAGCUUUAGCCAGUCUACAUUAGAACAGGUGUUCCUGCAAUUUGCAAAACAACAGUUGGAUGAAAAUGCGUCGGAGGAGCCAGAUUCCAAUGGAUUCGUUCCUGAAGUAUCGGUGGGGACUUCUAGUAUACAGGACAGGAAUAAUUCCCACAUGACAUACCUUGAUAACCAGAGGGACAUAUCAGACUCCAGUACAUAGUGACUCUGGACGUCAACUGUAACUUGACAGACAACUCUUACGAGCAUAAGUGUUUAGAAAGCGGUGUUAGUAUCAGAACUCUUGAGACUGCCAUGGAAAGACAGCAUUCAUGAGUUGUGAUAGGACCUGAGGAAUGAACAACAGGUGCUUGGAUUUAUGAAAUACACAAAUGUGUUCAAGGGAAGUUUAGUAUUGCAUAUGGUGAUUUGGUUUGUAGUGACAUACAGAACCAGGACAAAGUAUUUUCACAAUUACGUUGUUUUUAACCCAUGUCUUGGUGUAAAUAUUUUUGUCCUAAAUCUGUGAGUCAUACUACCCUCAAUUUUUCAUCUCAAUAUUGAACAUCCAUAAUACACAUCAGUAAAGAAAGAAAGAAAGAAAGAAUUCUCUCAAUUUUGGGAACAUUUUUGCAAGAACUGUAAAUAACAUUAUAUACCAAUAUUGAAUUGUUUUAAGUAUACCUGUAGAUAUGGUGUAAGCUUUUUGGAACAAAGACAUACACAUAUAUGUAGAAUACACCUUAGAUUUCAUUUCCACAAAAAAAAUCAAAAAAAAUCAUGCAUUAUAAUUCUAGAAUAGCAUAUUUAUCUACAGUUCAUAGUGUAAAGCAACUAUAAUCAAAGUUUUGUUUAUCUGAAAUCAUACAAAUAAACUGCUGAGUCAUUGUACAUGAUAGUGUACACAUGUUGAUGAAACCCUGCUUUAUUAGUGAGGUUUCAUUUACAAAUGAAAAAAAAUAAUGCAGUAGUGUAUAUAAUCAUUUUGGCUAUGAGCAGAUAUGAAGUUAAGAAUAUCACAAAGCCUGUCCUACUUUAUGGUGAUCUGCCUCAUACCAACCCAGUUGAAGGGAUUGUUAUGGUUAUUAUAGAUGGACAUAUGCUUUCAGACAGAUCACAUGAGUGGGCAAUUGGGAAUGAAUGUGAGGAAUUACUUAACAUUUUGUAUAGCCUAAUUACAGUGAAAGCUUGGACAAGUUGGAUAAUAUCUUCCAUUAUAAUCGUUUUGUAUUAUGCUUUAGAAGAUGCAUCAACCAUUAUUAUUUAAACAUUUUAUGACGUCGCCCUUUAUUCAUCUAGUUGUACAUUAAUUCAAUAUUUUGAAUAACAAUAAGGGCUAUUGACAGACUAACUGUCAUAAGAAGCUUAACUGCCAUGACAGUUCAGACAUGUUUGAUAUACAAAAUUUUAGGAACAAUACUUUUUGGAGUUAAGGCCCUUUAUGAAUUUGGCUGUAAACUGCUGAAUAAUGUCAAGCUUAAUAAUUACCAUGAAUUUUUUGGACAAGUUUGAUUUACUUUAUAUCUCUUUCACCUAAAGCUUUAUUUAUCAUGACAUGAAAUUUUGUUUUCUCAAGUGAUAUAUUAAUAUGAAAUCCUUGAUACAUUUCCAUAUUUCAUGCAGUAAUGUAAUAUAUGCCAUGUUGGCAUAGUUUGUGCUUACCUGCUAAGCCCUAUGCUCAGUACUAUUGUUCACUGUUAUAUAUAUGUACAUAUAGGGCUUCAAGAGAUUUACACCCAAGUGCUGUUUCUAUAUUUGUGUAUUACUUCAUAGAGAAUUUAUAGUUAAUAUUCUUUUACAUUAAAAUGUAUUGUACAUUGUUGGGGAGCCCCAAGUAUAUUUACAGAAUUUAUAUUUCUACCUUUAUCUUAAAAAAAAAAAAAUUUUCUUAAAUUUCCUAUACUGGGAAAUGUGACUAAAGGAAUACCACGUCAUGUGUAUAGUAUGACUAAUCGAAAAUCACCAUUAAAAUAAAAGUGACAAUAUAACUAUAUUGCUUUGUUUUUACCACUUUUAGUUUCAACUUUUUACAUAAGUAUUGAAUUAUGAUAAAAAAAAAUUAAUGAUAAUCAAGAAAUCAGUAUUUUUUAAAGAUUGAUUGACAUAUAGAAAUGACAUAUAGAAAAGAAUUAGUUUUUAGCCUGGAAAAUAUUUUGUUUUAACAUUUCUUUGGAUUUGAAAAAAAUCAUUUUUAACAUGGAAUACUAUUUUGUAUACCAGGUAUUUUCAAGGAUGUGUACUUUUGGCACACAUCACAAUAGUGAUAUGAUUUUAAUAUCUAUUUAUAGUCUUGGAAAUCCAAAUAUCUGUAUAAAAUAUAAAAUACUAUGUUUAAGUAAUGACUUCCUAUAAUUGUGACAGUACUGUAUUUGUCAAAUUACCUACUUAUUCAAUUUCUGGUCUACUACUUGAUAUAGAAUCUUAUGUUAUAUCUGUGUAGUAAUCUACAUUGUAUUUAUUAUUAUUAUACCUCACCUUCACUCACACCAAUAUUAUUGGACUAUGACAUGCUUUAACUGAUACAUUACCUCAAACUUCAGUACGAGGGCAACAACCCUUCGCGGGCCAGAAUUGUCUCCCUGGACAGGGCUAUUUUUCCAAGAAUGAACCAUAGAGGGCCAAAAUUGUAUAUUUUUACCUACCUUUAAUGCUUUAUAGAGCAUUAUGUACACUUAUUGUGAUUUUUGUUGAUUUUAGUUGAAUUGUUGAAAUCUUACACAACUGUCGAUAUAUAUCAGGGGUAAUAAAUGAUUCACCUACCAUAUUUGCCACAAUUAGCGCCCCUCUCCUUUCAACCGGAGAAAUUGAAAUUAUACAAACGCCCCUCUUAAUCAUGAAACAAUUCCAAAAUAAAUUCUUUUACUUACAUUUUAUAUGUCGAGACUUAAGUUCGGUGAUCAAAGCUAGACUCCUGCUAAACAUUGAAUAGGUGGUCACAAUUAAUGUAUCAAACUUUUUUUCUUACCAACUUUUUGGUCAUGAAAUUCGUAACCUGAAUAAGUGCCCCCUCUGUAACCAUUUUGUAAGCGCCCUGGGCACUAAUUACGACAAAUAAGGUACUAGCAAUUGAGGACACAAAAUUCACACAGAGAAGAGUUUAUGAAAUUAAGCAUUAUUGUAGGUGAUAUCAUUUUACCACUUUAUGUAUUGUAUGUAAUAAAUAUUGUUUUUUAAAAUUCACAAAAUGUUUGUUUAUUAUUUAUUAGCAGGCAUUUUACCAGUUCAUCUUGUCUCAUCUAAAAAUAUAUUUUGUUGUCCAGGACUUUUUUUAUCUCUCAACCUCAUCACCACCAGACAACAUGAGCUAGUAGAACCUGUAUGUAGUGUUCGAGACGCACAUCUGUAAUGUUUGGAUCAUAAUCAAUGUCAUUCAAUGUACAUUUGUAAUUGUUAUUUGGAAAGAUUUAAAUCUUCAACACAAACAAGAGACCUAUGGGCCUAAACGGUCAAUCAAGUUCUGAUGUAUUUUGGCAGAUUUGAUUACCAUGACCUUGAAUUUGGGGUAAAUGUCAUUAACCCCAGCAUGCUGCAGGCCAAAUACCAGGUUUCUAAGUGCAUUGGUUCACAAGAAGAAGACAUUUAAAAGAUUUAGUAUAUUUUGAGCCUGUUGGCCUUGAAAGUAGGUCAAGAUCAUUCAUGUGAACAAACUUUGUAGCCCUUCUCACUAGCAUGCAAAAGGCCUGAUAUCAAGUCUCUGGGCCUCUUGUAUUAAGUGAGAAAAAGUUUUAAAAGAUUUUAGUAUAAUUGACCCCUUUGACUUUGAAUGAAAGUCAAUGCCAUUCAUACUCCAGUAUGCUAAAGGCCCAAUAUCAUGUCUCUUAAUUAGCCUCUUUCUUAGUGAACAAAGUCAUUUAAAGAUUUUAGCAUAUUUGACCCCAGUGACCUUGAAGGAAGGUCAUGGUCAUUCAUUAGACAAUCUGAAAAAGGUUAAUUGUUGCACGACAAAGAACAAAAGGAGUUUAGAAUAGGUCACUUGACACUUUGUCUCAGGUGACCGAAAAUGCGAUGGAAAAAGUUUGCGACCUUGAAUUUUUGAGUAAUAUUAAGUUGAAACAUUUAAUGAGUUUGUUAAGAACUAAAACAUAUAAAGCUGAUUGGAAAGUGGACCUUGGUUCCACUACAAAGUAGCUCGUUAGUUAAGCUGAUGAAAUACAUGUUCAUGAAGUUUUCUUUGUGAAAUUUUUCAUCAAGUAGGAAAUUCAUCUUUUUUUUAUUAGUGUUUAAAUAAAACAAACACAUCAUGUCAUUUUUGUCUUAUUUAAUGUAACAAUUUCUAUUAGUUGGAUUAACAACAUUAAACAAAUCCUUCCAUUGACUUCAAUUCUUUAUAAAGCAUAUAACACAACAAUUGCAGAAACAAAAUAACAGAGACUUUCUGUAUCAAGUGUGAUAAUAUCGGACAUUAUCUUUAAUUUCUUCUCUGAUUGUUUAUUUGUUUUCUUUGACCACCUUCAUUCAUCAUUUGUAUUUACAAAAUGAGCAUCUUAACAAAAUGAAAUACAAUACUGUAUAUAUCAAAAUUUAUUCAUAAAGAAACAGAAUUUUUUAAGUCCAGUAAUAUUAUCAAAAUAAACUGACCUGUAUAAAUAUUUUAAUCUCGCUAUGUAUUUUUUGGAUGGAAAUAAAUGUUUAGAAUUUAAAAAGGAUAUCUUGUAAUAUAAUCAUGUGAAAAAAGGAGUAAAUCAAUUCCUGUAAACAAGUAUAGAUCCAUCUUACAUUUCUGGAGUAAUUGACAAUGUGUAAAACCUGGUGUAAAAUUUGGACAAUAUGAAAGAUUGUGUACAUAGAGCUUUAAUGGCAAGAUUUGAAAUUCAAAUACUUUCAUAACACGAGACUGAAAAGUGUCCAUUAAAAACAUGAUUUUAAAAAUCUGCUAGUUUCUUUAAUGAAAAUAAAUUGUGUAUUGAAUAAAUAUGUAUAUUUCAUCCUAAAUCAAUUGACUGUAUAAGUAUUAAGUGGCUAACAAAAGACAAUAAAACAAACAUAUACCUUGUAGAUUUGAUGCUGAAUACAUUCAAUUUCCAACAUUUCUAAAACAUUCUUGUGCUAUUGAGUUAAAAUUUGAAUUUGAAAUAUCUCAUUGUUAUGUACAUUGUAUAAUAAGAGUGUAUAAUUAUAAGUUUUCAUUAUUUCCUUUAUUGUUUACUAACAAGGUUUUACCAUAUUGUGAUGUUCAUAUCAAACCAAAUUUGCUGGUAGCAAUGUCAUUAAAACAGCAAUGAAAUACCACCAUUACCUACAUGCAGUUUACCAUUACUGUCCUUGGGCAAGACACAAAUUAGCCUUGGAUAGUAUGUGGUGAUUCUCUGAUAUGUUAUUCAUUGAUAGAGGUUGCCACCAUCGACUACAAGGAGUCUCCACCUCGAAAUGACCCUGGGUGUUCAUAGGGUGAUAUAGUACCAAGCAAACAGGUCUACAGUAUCUUGUUCUCAGUGAGGUAGCCACCAGCUACUACAUGGAGACUCAGUUUCAAAAUAACCCUAGCUGUUCACGGGGUCAUGAAUUCAUCAAAUAAUCUAACUGGUUAUAUACUGAUAAAUAUGUCAGUGCUAUCAUUGAUGAUCAUAAUUUGUAAAUAGCUCAUGAGCAAUAAUUUACAGUCAUAAAACUGCUGAUUUCAAAAACCUUUGACAAUAAAACAUUAACAAUAAGUAUGGAGGACAUUUUUGUUCAGAUAAAACAUUAGACUCCGAGUAUACAAUAUCUCUAAUGUUCUAAGCAUAUCAUAUUCUUUGUAGAAAUAGCUGACAUGACAAUCUACAAUUACUAUUUAAAUGUAAGAUCCACGACAAAAACAUCAAAAUGUCAAGAGUAUGAGACAAACAGUUGUUCAACUGCCUAUUAGAUUACCUGACAAAACAACAUUCACAUUUUAAAAUGACUACAUCGAUUUGCUGCAUAUUGUUCACAUUCAAAAAGUUCUAUUUCCUUGUUCUAGGUAUAAAUUGAAUGAAAUUCUUAAAAUGACAUGAAAAUUAUGCAUUGAGCACCACAUGAAAAAGUGUACUACAUGUAAAUUUAAUAUUGAA